UACACGCAGCCAGCUCUUGAAGAUGUCAGCUUAAAGAUGGUGGAGAGAACGAUACCAGUGGUGGACUUUGCUGUGAUGGGUUUAAAUCGUGAAAAGCCUCCAACACUCAACGAAGAAUCCGUGAGGGUACUGGCAGAUCAAAUUCACAAAGCGUUUAGUACAAUUGGCUUCGUGUAUUUAACAAAUCAUGGAAUAUCUGAGAAGGAGAUUGCAGAAGUUCGCCAGGCAGGAGAUGGAUUUUUCAAUCUCUCAACUCAGGUGAAAAAGCCUUUCAUUCGACCUACUGAUGGUAGAAACUUUGGCUGGGUUUCACUUGAGAGGGAAAGCUUGAAUCCUUCUCGACCUGGUGACUUAAAGGAAGCAUUUAAUGUUUGUGAGCUUCAUGAUGAAACACAGAAGUGGCCUGAUGAAGAGGUACCAGAAUUUAAGCCUGUGGUGACUUCAUUUUUCAACAAAUGCAAAGAUCUAGCAUUUAGAAUUCUGGAUGUUGUUGGUAUUGGACUCAAUUUACAAGAUCCACACUGGUUGUCGCAAGUACAUGGUGCCAUAGGUACCUUGGAUAAUGCAACUGCCUUACGGCUAUUACACUACCCACCCCUCCCUGACAAGUAUAACAUCAAGCCUGGACAAGUGCGCUGUGGGGAGCACAGUGAUUAUGGCUCAAUUACACUGCUUUUUCAAGAUGAGAUCGGUGGAUUAGAGGUGCUCCCAGUAGAUGGAAAAUACACUCCGGCUGUACCUAUUCCUAAAACAGUGCUGGUUAAUAUUGGAGAUCUCAUGCAAAGAUGGACAGCUGACAGAUUGAUCUCCACUAAACAUAGAGUACUUAUACCAGAAGAAGAAGUGAAGCAGAGAAUUGUACGCCGUUCUUUAGCUUUCUUUGUUCACCCUGAUAAUGAAGUCAUGAUCGAGUGUCUUGAUGGAUCAAAUAAACAUCCUCCAAUCACAUCAAUGGGAUAUCUACAACAGAGAUUUGCUGCAACUUAUUAACUUAGUCACAAAAAAUAACUCAAGGGAAUUUGUAGGUUCAUUAGAAGCAGCUCAGGGUUGAAACCAUGAUUAUAAUAAUUAGAGGUAUCAUGACACAUACCCUGAUGAAAAAUAUGGAUCCAGAAAAAUUCUGCUAUACAAGUAAACUGUGUUUCUUUUUUUUUUUUUUUUUUUAAUCGAUGAUUUUGAUUGCAACAUUACUUUUUAUUAUUGAGUUACCUUUUAGUAUCAAGUUCAAUUUUAGAAAGGGUUGUUCCUAGUUAAAUUUAUCAACACUGUUACUUAUGUGAGGAUCAAACCCUUUGACUUAGAAACUAUCAAAGCUGUUGUCACUAAAACAAAGUACUCAUGACAACUUAGUUGUACAUUCCUUUCAAGAGUCAUCCUUAUUUAUGAAUGGAAGGAAAAAAUGGAAACAAAGGAGAUACAACAGCUUAAUUCUGUUGAUUACAAACCAACCCUCGUUACACCAAGAACAAACAUGAGUAAAUUUCGGAGAUGCCUAAUGGAAGGAAUUUAGAUCAUUUUUAGGAAAAAAGGUUCCCAGUCCUUUCUAUACCAGAAAUACACAAGUUCAAAACAUUUUAAGAAACUCCCUAAAAUAGCCAAUGUUAUAAUGUCUCUGUUUUUGUUAUUGGAACAAUGUCCAAAAAAACUCCCCACACUUUGAAUUCUUAAAUUAAAGAUAAACCUCAUCACAGUGGUAAACAAACCCAUGACCAUGCAUAUUAGUUUAUGUUAAGAAAUGUGUUUUUUGUGCCAUUUGGUUAUCCAUCUUUGAAUACACAAUCUCAAAAUAAUAUGUUUU